UUAUUUUCAUGUAGGUGGUGAAGUGGGAAACAUAGAGUGGAUCAUCAACAGCCGGAGAUCUGAGGUGAAAGAAAUUUCAGAGCUGCUGUUCAACACGACAGCUCAGAGGACAAAAACGACAGAUGUACAAAAAAAAAGAUCCAUCUCCAGUGGUCAUGAAUAGACCAGUGUGCUUCAUUGACACGGAGUCAGAUGGGAAGUUGCGUGUGCAGCAGUCAGCGCUGCAGAUCUUGCAGCAGAUCCAGCAACCGGUGGUGGUGGUGGCCGUGGUGGGGUUAUACCGCACCGGGAAGUCCUACCUGAUGAACUGCCUCGCAAGGAAACAAAAAGGGUUUGCGUUGGGCAGCACAGUUGAGUCUAAGACGAAAGGCAUCUGGAUGUGGUGUUUGCCCCAUCCCACUAAAUCAGGAACCACUCUAGUGCUGCUGGACACAGAGGGACUUGGAGACAUGGACAAGGGAGACCAAAGGCAUGACACCAACAUCUUCUGUCUGGCUGUGUUACUCAGUAGCACUCUGGUCUACAACAGUCGAGGGACGAUUGACAGCAAGGCUGUAGAGGAGCUGCAAUGUGUUACUGAACUAGCAGAGUGCAUCAAGGUCAAAUCAUCAGAUGAGGAUGCUGACAAUUCAAGAGAUUUUGUGAAGUUCUUCCCUAAUUUCAUCUGGGCUGUGAGGGACUUCACACUGGAGCUAAAGAUUGAUGGCAAAGAUAUAACAGAGGAUCAGUAUCUAGAGUUUGCUCUGAAGCUGAAAGAUGGCACUUCAAAAAAAGUGAUGGAGUACAACCUUCUCAGAGAGUGCAUCCGAAACUACUUCCCUUCCAGGAAGUGCUUCACUUUCCCCUUUCCAACCACCCCAGAAAAUAUGUCUUGCCUGGAGCGCUUGGAUUCUGCUGACAUAAGGUUUCUAAAGGCCACACAUAAUUUAUGCAAGUUUGUCUUUCAUGACAACAAUAUAAAGAGGCUGAAAGAUGGAUACACAGUGACUGGAAAAGUUCUGGGUCAUCUGGCAAAAAUGUAUGUGGACACCAUCUCCAGUGGGGCUGUUCCAUGUAUGGAGAAUGCUGUGAUUGCCAUGGCAAAGAUUGAAAAUGAGGCUGCGGUGAAGGAGGGCCUUGAGGUUUACCAGAGUGAAAUGGAGAAGCUGAAGAAUUCCUUCCCUUUGGAACGGAAGGAUUUGACUUCAAAACAUCAACAUGUCAAAUGCAUGGCGACACAAACCUUCAUGAAGCGUUCGUUCAGGGACACUGAAGGGAAGAACCUGAAAUCUCUAGAGGAAAAUAUUAGUAAAGUCUUUGAUGGAUACCAGUGCCAAAAUAAGCAAGCUUCAAAGAGACGAUCUGAGGAUCUCUUGUCAUCCCUCUCUGCGCCAAUGAUGGAAAAACUCAAGCAGGGCUUCUAUGCAAGACCUGGUGGCUAUGAUCUCUUUUGCAAGGAUCUGGAGGACGUUAAGAAGAAAUAUAACAGCCAGGCCAAUAAAGAAUUCAUGGCUGAAGAGGUCCUAGAGAAGUUCCUGAAGCAGAAGUCUGUUGAUUCUAAAGCCAUUCUGCAGGCUGACAUGCAACUGACUGAGAAUGAGAAAAAGAUUAAGGAGGAAAAAGAGAAAGCAGCCCUCCUGAAGCAGGAAAUCAAAUUUAAAGAAGAGAAGCAACGACAACUAGAACAGAAAUUUGAAGCUGAGAGACAAAGUAAUGAAGAGAGGAUGAGACAGAUGAAGAAGAUGGAGGAAGACAUGAGGCUUCAGAGAAAGGAGGCUGAGCAUGCCAUGGAACGUAAACUGAGGGAGCAGGCUGCUCUGCUGGAGCAUAGCUUUCAGGAGAAAUCUGACAGAAUGAGACAGGAGAUGGAUGACUUCAGGCGACAAAGUGCUGCAGCUGAGGUUUUCAGAGCUAAUCAGAUGGCAGUGAUGAUGGAAAACAGGAGAUACAUGGAUGAAAUGUACGCUAUGCGUAUGCAGGAGAUGGCUUGUAAACCAGAGAACAAAGGUCGAGGAACAAGGAAAAAAAAAAAAUAAUACAAUUUUUAUAAUAAUUCUCAAGAUGUAACUUGUUUUAAAUUUUACAUGUUAUUGUCCACUUAUUACAUGACUUUCUGUAAUACAUAAUUCUGACUGGUCAGUUGCAUGGUUCAGUUUGUGAUCACCUAAUAACAGCUGGUAAAUCUGAUAACACAUUUCUUUAUUCAAUGAUUCUUGUAUCACACCACAGAAUAAACUGUUUAAACUCCAAAAUUUCAUGUUCACAUAAUUAUUUAGUGAGAAGCCAUAUAUGACUGCAAUGACUGUACAUUA